GAAUUGAAAAGUUUGUACAAUGGUGCUUCCUAUAAAAGUACGGAUGGCAGGAAAGUAUUGUACCUGAGUGGAGCCCAGCAUUCCUAUGCAGAAACCCCAGCACUCCCGAUUCGAGUUGUCAGCUUCAGUAUCAUGUGUUGGAUAAAGGUUUUGAGCCUUCCAAGUGAUCAUCCAGUUAAUAUCUAUUCUGACUGGUCAGCACCACAUCAAUUCAGAAUCUUUAUUUCUUCACGUGCACAUCAUUCAAUUUGUGCUAAUCUUCGAAAUUCUCGUAGACGUGAAAUGUUGGAUUCUUUCUGUUGCUGGUAAGUGCUUAAGAUACACCUCUUGUUUUCCUCCUUUUUAUGAUAGAUUUCGCCAUAGAAAACAAAACACAAACGCAACAAACUAAACAUUCAGUAACGGGGGUUUUUUGUUGUAAUCGUGGCCUAAACACCGCACGCGAGCAACCGUCUUAGUCAGUCUUCGUGGAAAUCUUCGUUUGUUGCACGCGGUUCUCCUUCGUAGGGCUUAACCGUACUCGCAACUUCUAUUUCUUCUUCACCACUUGAGUACGAUUUAUUAAAACUCUCGGUAGAGCUUGCUAAGGUAGGUAUACAUCGCUAUCAGACAUUAUUUCAAGAGUAUUUAAACACUGACUGAUACAAGAUUACAAGAGAUGUGAAAGAUUUUUGAGUGUCAACGGAGAGUUUUCACAGUUUUCUACGUCAUCACCCGCUAAUUCGUUACCAGUCUACGGGACACUUUUAAGACAACGCAGAGCAGUUUAGGACCCGAAAAAAAACUAGUUUUAAGAAACUUUUAUUCUCUCGGAAUUGGUUUGUACAUGUGAUAAGAAAAAUAUUUACGGAAAAAUGUUCGUGUCAUAGAAGCUUUAAAAUACACCUUUUCUUUCCCUACGUAAUAUUAAUAAAUAGGAGGAGACACGUAGAGCACUCAAGUAUGUUUCUCAGAGCAAUUUACCCUCGUGAGAAGUCUACUGAGAAGCGGAGAUUUGUGCAAAGCCUCAUUUUCUUUUAUGUUCUCUCAUAAUCAAAGGAAGAUCAUCCCCAAUAGAUGGAUGCACGUGGCGUUCACCUGGAGCCGAGACAGAAAAGAGGGAGUUCUGUUCAUUGAUGGAAUUAUAGGAGGUAGCAGGAGAGUUUCUAGUGCUCUUUUAGACCUGAACGAAAAUGAUCAUACAGUUUUCGACAUUGGUUUGAAACGAGACGACAUGAAUAAACCGACUUUUGAUGGGUACAUGAGAGAUCUCCUAGUGGUUGAUAAAGCGCUAUCAGGAGAUGAAGUGAAAUACAUGAAAGACAUACUUUAA